CGUCGUCGUCACACGCACGCACCCGCGACGAAACUCCGAAACUCGCUCGCAUUUCUCGCGUUUUUCACAGCCAAGCAGCAGCCUCGCGUUCAUCUGCUUCAAAUUAGUGGAAAAAUCUGCCGCGUCAAAGGCAAGGACAAGAGUCAUUUCGGUGUGAACGGUUUUGCUAAUCCAACGGGUUACUACUAUUAUCGGUGGUGAUUUUUGAGCUCGCCGAAUCGAAUUUUGGAUUGGAUUGGAAUCGGGUCUGGGGGAGUGAACCGAAUACAACAAGAUGGUCAACAACGACAAGCAGCAGCCUCAGGAGGAGGAAAAUACCAUCGCCGACAAUACGGUCGUGCAAAAGUACAAAACAGCCGGAGCGAUCGUCAACAAGGCACUUCAUAGCCUGAUGCAGGCAUGCAAAAUUGGAACCUCAGUGAAGGCCCUAUGCCAGAAGGGUGAUCAGCAGAUGGAAACGGAAGCUGGCAAGAAAUAUAAGAAUGAGCCGGACAUGAAGAAGGGAAUCGCUUUCCCGACCUGCCUCUCGGUUAACAACUGCAUCUGCCAUUUUUCACCUUCGAAGAACGAUCCGGACUAUCAGCUGAAGGCAGGAGAUGUUGUCAAAAUUGAUCUCGGAGCGCACAUCGACGGAUUCAUCGCCGUGGCUGCGCACUCGAUUGUGGUCGGUGCCAAGCCGGACAAAAAGGGCACAGGCCGUGCGGCGGAUGUUGUCCUCGCUGCGUACUACGCCAGCCAGGCGGCGCUUCGAUUGCUGAAGGACGGCACCAGCAACUAUGCCGUGACGGAGACCGUGCAGAAGAUUGCCGCCGAGUUCAAGUGCAAACCGAUCGAGGGCAUGCUCAGCCAUCAGCUGAAACAGUUCAAGAUCGACGGCGAAAAGACCAUUAUCCAGAACCCCACGAUCGCCCAGAAGAAGGAGCACGAAAAGUGCGAAUUCGAAAAGUACGAAGUGUACGCAAUGGAUGUGCUGGUCAGCACCGGCGAGGGACUGGGCAAGGAACUGGACACCAAGGUUUCGAUCUACAAGAAGACCGAGGAAAAUUACCUACUCAAACUGAAGGCAUCGCGUUCCUUCUACGCUGAGGUUAAAAAGAAGUACGGCCCAAUGCCGUUCAACUUGCGCAACUUUGAGGAGGAAGCCAAGGCUAAGAUGGGAGUGCACGAGUGCGUAACGCACAAACUGGUCGAGCCGUUCCAAGUAUUAUACGAGAAACACAAUGAAAUCGUCGCCCAGUUCAAGAAUACCGUGCUGAUCCUGCCCAACGGACUGACAGUCGUGACCGGUUGCCCAUUCGAUGUGACCUGCUACGAGAGCGAACACAGCGUCCAGGACGAGGACUUGAAGAAACUGCUCGAAUCGGACCUGGUGCUGGCGGACGCCAAGAAGUCGGCUGUGGCCAAGGCAGCCGCUGCCGCUGCGAACGCCACCACCACCACCACCGCUACCACCACCACCAAGGCUACUAGUGAUGCUGCCGCUGCUCCUGCUGCUUCUGCCGAUGGAUCUGCCCCGGCGGCACCCAAGGACAAGAAGAAAAAGAAGAAGAAGAAGGCCUCCGCCGCUGGUGAGGCCGGCAGUGAGGUGGUAGCGGAAGCCGGUAAGGAAAAUGCCGCCAAGGCAUAAUAGAGGUUGUACUGUUAGAGGUCCGUUAUUUCCGCGGCCACGUUCAGGAAAGGUUCUGUGUCCUUUUUUUUAUUUGUUUUCAACAUAUGCAUACACGCGUUUCGUUUUUUUUUUCUCGUGUCGAUUUUUUCGCGUCUCCCCACUUGCGCUCGAUCGGAACUUGGUAGAGCUGGCACACUUUAAUUGGAAGUGUGUUGUAGACCUGAUCGGUUUCUUCCGUUCUGUCAUCGGCCGGUGCUUGCAGUUCGCUUUAGAAUGUAAGAUUAUACAACCAACCCUUAAGAAAUGGUAGAAUUUUUGAAGUGCUAGCAAUAACCGAGCGUUAGUGAAUUUUCAUUUUGGAUCAGACUGUAUAACUACAAGCGCCUGACCUGCGGGCAGUUCCGGUGGAAAGCGAUCAGGAGCAUGUUUUUGUGACCUAAUUAUAACCCUCCCGCCCGUCUGUUUACAUAACAUUUUACCCGAAGCCUAGCAAUAGUUGAUUCGUGACAAGUUGAAAUUAUGAGCAUACUACUCAUAGCCACCACGUUGGGUACUUUUGAAAAAGUACAUAGAGAGCAAAGCAAAAAAUUUCCUCUGACAUCAGUGAUCCACAAAGAGUGUGGCGAAAUUUGAUUAAAGGUAUUACACGAAAACCAUAUGCCAAGUACCUUCGACAGCUAAGUAAAAUCUAUCUUUACAACAGAUCACAUGGACAGAGAGUAAUCGUAUUCAUUCACCUUGUAUAAAAUAUGCAACCACAAAUUAUUGAGUCGUUUAAAAUUGUAAUUCCGUUUUUUUCGUAACAAAAUUGUGAAAAAGAAAGAAAACCAAUUAAAUUUUACAAUGUAGAGAUACAUAUUAGGUAA